GGCGAUUGAUGGAUUCCCUCUGUGGGUGUGUAGCUGUAGCCUUUUCCUCUGUUUUAAGGUUAACCCAGACUCUCCUUUCCGCUUGGGAUUUAUAUUGCCAGCAUCAUCCACCUCUGCAAACUGAACUGUACAGAAAAAACCCAACCCCUCUAAUAUUCAAAACCGAUUCUCUCUCUCUCUCUCUCUCUCUCUCUCUCUCUCUGCAAUUACUACUGUCUGCACAGCCUCAGACGCCUCUACCACAAAGGAGGUCAGCAACACAAAGUCACAAACCCCACAUCCUCCUUCUCUCAUAUGAUCAUCAUCCCCCUUUCUCUAGUUCUGUUUUUCUCUCAACAAAAAAAUGGAAGAAACAGAAGACCCAAAAAGUGGCAGGAAAUGCACUUCUAAGACCAGGAGUUGCAGAGGGAGGACGGAACCUAAUCAGUAUCAUCAUCAACUGCUGCAGCAUUCGUAUCGUAAUGGCUUUUACUACCAGAACCGCUAUCAAACAUUUCCGGGCCUUCUUCCUCUACCUCCUCCAAUACUGCUUCUGCCGCUACCUGCAACUCCACUGCCUCAUCAUAACGAGAACUUAAGAUCACAUACCCAUUUGCAGAAGGCUUCACGGAAGCAGAAGAAGCCUCCUAGAACUACCCCCCCUGAUUUCCAGGUCCCAGUUUCAACAGUUUCACAAGUCCCACAGGGCCUCCAGCAGAAGGCCGGGAAGCUCUCCGGAGGAGAAGAUGAAAGUGCGCAAAUGACCGUCAAUCCACAGUCUCUAGUGGCAACAAGGAGACCAGAUAAUGGUGGCCUUGAUGGUGCAGCAAUCCCUCUACUUGCCAACCAUUUCCUAGUUCAGUUUGAUCCUUCCCAACGAAUUUUCCAUUACGAUGUUGAGAUCUCUCCACAUCCUUCCAAGGAAGUCGCUCGGAUGAUCAAGCAGAAACUUGUACAGGACUAUUCUGAAAUGCUAUCAGGUGCUCGUCCAGCUUUUGACGGCAGAAAGAAUCUGUUCAGCUCUGUCGAGUUCCAAAAUGACAAGCUUGAGUUCUUCAUUAGGCUCCCAAUGCCCACAGCCAAAGCAUGGUUGCCCGUGGGUGAGAGCAGCGACACGACAGAGAAGCGCCCACAACAUAAGCUCUUCCGGGUAAACAUCAAGCUUGCUUCAAAGCUGGACGGAAAGGAACUGAGCAGCUACUUGAGCAAGGAGGGUGAGGACUGGGCUCCUCUCCCACAGGAUUAUCUCCAUGCAUUGGAUAUUGUCUUCAGAGAGAGCCCAACAGAGAAGUGUAUACCCCUUGGGAGGUCACUCUAUUCCAGCACAAUGGGAGGAGCUAAAGAUAUUGGAGGAGGAGCAGUUGGGUUGAGAGGGUUCUUCCAGAGCCUCAGACCAACCCAACAAGGACUAGCCCUUAAUAUCGACUUCUCUGUGACAGCUUUCCAUGAGAGUAUUGGCAUAAUCUCCUAUCUGCAGAAGCGGCUUGAGUUCCUGCGGGACCUUUCUCAGAGGAAGACCAGAGGUUUGGCCAGGGAAGAGAAGAGACAAGUUGAGAAGGCUUUGAAAAACAUCAGGAUAUUUGUAUGUCAUAGAGAAACUGAUCAGCGGUACCGAGUCUUUAGCUUAACCGAGGAAGCUACAGAAAACCUCUGGUUUAGGGACAGGGAUGGGAAGGAUUUGAGACUGGUGGAUUACUUCAAGGAUCAUUACAACCAUGAUAUACAGUUCAGGAACUUGCCAUGUUUGCAAAUUAGCAGGAGUAAGCCGUGUUACUUGCCUAUGGAACUCUGUGUGGUCUGUGAAGGACAGAAAUUUCUUGGUAAGCUCUCAGAUGAUCAGACGGCGAGGAUCCUUGAGAUGGGCUGCCAGAGGCCAAGAGAAAGAAAAGCAAUUAUCAAUGGAGUCAUGGUAGGAUCAUUUGGGCCAACAAGUGGCGACCAUGGAAGAGAAUUCAAGUUCCAUGUUUCAGAAGAGAUGACCCAGUUGAAUGGGAGAGUACUUCAACCUCCGAAGUUGAAGCUAGGGGAUGGCGGUCAUAUAACAAAUCUAAUUCCAUCUCGGCAUGACCGACAGUGGAACCUCUUGGACAGCCAUGUUUUUGAAGGAACACGAAUUGAAAGGUGGGCACUAAUAAGUUUUGGGGGCACCCCAGAUCAGAGAGCCAGUAUUUCGAGGUUCAUGAACCAGCUCUCACAAAGGUGCGAACAGUUGGGUAUCUUUCUUAACAAGAAUACAGUCGGUAAACCCCAAUUUGAACCAAUCCAAGUCCUCAACAAUGUCUCCUUACUGGAAUCCAAGCUCAAGAAAAUCCACAGAGCAUCAUCAAACAACCUCCAAUUGCUUAUAUGUGUAAUGGAGAGGAAGCAUAAAGGAUAUGCAGAUCUGAAACGUAUUGCUGAGACAGGUGUUGGGGUUGUUACACAGUGUUGCUUGUACCCCAAUCUUGAUAAGCCGAGCUCGCAAUUUCUGGCAAAUUUGGCUCUAAAAAUCAAUGCCAAGGUUGGAGGGUGCACUGUGGCUUUGUACAACUCAUUAUCUUCCCAAAUACCAAGACUGUUUGCUCCUGAUGAUUCUGCAAUUUUCAUGGGUGCCGACGUGACCCAUCCACACCCACUGGACGAUUUCAGCCCCUCCGUCGCCGCUGUUGUUGGCAGCAUGAACUGGCCUGCGGCCAAUAAAUACAUUUCAAGAAUGAGAUCACAGACCCAUCGACAGGAAAUUAUACAGGAUCUAGGUGAAAUGGUGGGAGAACUGCUGGAAGAUUUCUACCAGGAAAUGAACAAGCUUCCAAAUAGGAUUAUCUUCUUCAGAGAUGGGGUGAGCGAGACCCAGUUCUAUAAAGUGCUUAAAGAGGAAUUACAGGCAAUUAGAACAGCCUGUUGUAGGUUCCCCAGUUAUAAGCCUAGCAUCACCUUCACGGUAGUUCAGAAAAGGCAUCACACAAGGUUGUUUCAGAAAGAAACAGAUCACUCAUCUUCAGCUGGAGCCAAGAUCUUCAAUGAGAACAUACCCCCAGGAACUGUUGUAGAUUCCGUCAUCACCCACCCAAAGGAAUUUGAUUUCUAUCUUUGUAGCCACUGGGGAAUGAAAGGGACAAGUCGGCCAACCCAUUACCAUGUUUUGUGGGAUGAAAACAGGUUCAGCUCUGAUGAACUACAGAAGCUGGUGCACAAUCUAUGCUACACUUUUGUGAGGUGCACCAAGCCGGUGUCGUUGGUCCCUCCAGCGUACUAUGCCCACCUUGCUGCGUAUAGAGGUAGGCUUUACCUCGAGAGGUCGGACACAGCAGCAUUUGCAAGAAGUGCAGCAGCUGCAGCUUCACCCUCCCGAGCUGCCCCACCAAAGACAACUCCAUUGCCCAAACUUAAUGAAAAAGUUAAGAAGCUCAUGUUCUACUGUUGACGAGUCUACUCCAAUGUCCCCUUACUGUGGAUAUUAUAUAUUCUUUAAUCCACAUAUAUAUAGAGAUAGAGAGAGAGAGAAAGAAAUUGAACACAUGAAAAAGGAAAAAAAAAAUUAGAAACACUGCUUUAUUAAUGCUUAUAUAUCUAUCCAGAUAAAGAGAAUCCUACUUGUUAGUCACCAA